UGUUAUCAAACUGUCUCGGGCUGCCUGUCCAACAUGGCGGCUGCAGACUGCGUAUUCCGCAGGACCCUGACCCGGUCCAGACCCGGUCCAAACAAGGUGUGUGUCUGCCGGGACGUCCUGUUUGUGUCGGAUGUUCAGCGUUACAGCCGAGACCAGGGAUCCUCCGUCUACUUCCCCCAGGCCGUCCUCAACGGCUGUGACCUGUAUGAUGUCAGCCUAUCAGACGGCUGCUGCCGUCUCCGAGUGACUCUGGAUCCUGGUCUGAACCGGCUGGUGGAGAGAAACCUGCUGCGGCCGGGAUUGGCGCUACGCAACGCCGCCUUCGCCCCCGCCAUGGCCGCCGCCGCACAGCUCCCAGCAUGCACCGGUGCAGCAGACACACACAGCUACAGACUGGAGAGCGUGGAGAUCCGAGAGGAAGAUGAUGAAGAUGUCGGGGGGGUGGAUGUGGACUCUCUGCCCUGGUUCGGGUCCUCACAGCCUGCAGGUCCUGUGGUUCCGCUGAGAGCCAAUCGGAUCGUGUUUCUGCCGCUGUGGAACAACGUGGACUACAGCGGGGGGGUGUGGGGGGAAGCCCCGCCCCCUGAGGAGGAAGAGGAGGACGAGGAGGAAGAGCAACGUCCGACGGUGAGCGUGUCGGAGCUGCGCAACUCCUUCCUGUUGGGUCGCCGGGGCGUUGCCAUGGGCGCCGUCCAGCAUCAGCUGAUCGUACGCAUCAUCAACAAGUCCCACCUGAUGUAUUAUGGGAAAACAGAGCGGAACUGUGAGUGUCCCUAUAAGGCGGUGUUGGAGGUGUGUGACCGGACAGCAAGUGUGUGUGUGGUGUUGUGGAACAGCGUGUGUGUCAGCUGGUAUCGGCGCCUGAAGCCCGGUGACAUCAUCAGCCUGAGACACUACAGAGUCAAGCAACGUUACCAGGCGGAGCCAGAAGAUAUAGAGAUCAGUGUGAACAGCAGGAAUCCUACCGCUCGCAUCGCUGUUCUCCCAGAAUCCUCUGUUUCUCCUCAAUAUGUACCACCAGCACCCAACUACAGCUUCUCUAACAGUCUGGAGCUCCUGGAGCGUCCUCAAGGCGCUGUGUGUGAUGUCAUCGGCCUACUGACGUUCUCAGGACGACCCGAGCGAAUCAGGAGCAAAGACGGCAGAGGGGCGGAACUUUUGGAGUAUCGCUGGCUGCGAUUGGAGGACGGGACGAGCAGUCGGCCAAUCAUGGUGAAGCUCUUCUCCACGUCUCAACCUGAAUCCCACCGCAAGCUCCACCCACUGUCGGUGGUUGUUUGCACCAGACUCAAGUUGAUCAGAGCUGCCGGUCGGACAGACGUCGGCUCCUACCUGACCAACACCAUGUACACACAGCUGUACUGCACAGGACUGGGCGACCACUCAGAGAUGAGUUACCGUACGCUGCGGCCGGUGCGGCGCUUCCUGCAGUGGCUGCAGAGCCAGGAAGACGCAGCGGUGCUGAGCAGGGCUCUGAUUGGAGGAUACUUCGUCUACCCGCCCCCACCCGUCUCCUUGGAAACGUUCAUGAAAGGCAUAAGAGGUGAGCCGGGGUUCCUGCAGGGGGCGGAGCUUCAGAGGGAGAUGGCGAGGCUCUGUUACCGGGAGCGACGCACCUUCUGUAUCCAGGCAGCUGUUACUAUGGUUACCUACAGCCGUAUUGGAGAGGAGGAUCGCUGUUUGUUUUGGACAGACCGAGCUUCAUCUUCCCCCUCCUCUUCCUCCUUCACUCGCCCCUCACCCUCCUCCUCUUCCUCCUCCCUUCCUCCCCUCUCCACCCCUCGCUCGUUCAGACCUCCUCUCUCCUCUACCUCUCUGUCUCCGACAUCCUCAGCCGUGAGUCAUCUGUCGCCGGGCAGAUCAGGGACGUCGAGGAAGAGGAGGCAGCUGCUGCAGGCUGAGACUCCGAGGAAAAGACAUCCGUGGGUCACAUUACAGCCCGAACACAACAAGACGGUGGUUCUGUUUGAAGCCUCGAUGGAGUUCCUAGGAAACGCUGACGAUGAAGACGAAGAUGAAGAAGAGGACGAAGAAGACGCCUCGUCUUUCGUCACCGCCCCCCUCCUCCCAACGAUCCCGUCGGUCGCCGUGGAGACGCUGCCGAUGCGUUACGACCACGCCCACAGGGAGGAGCAGGCGGUCGCCGUGGUGAUGGGCGGGAGGCCGGCCGUCGCGGCCAGGUUUGAGUCGGCCCUGCAGGACUACUACACGCUGAGACUCAGAGCGCUGUCCGAUGGCGUGUUGGUCGACGCCGUCUUCCUCCCUCACUCCUCCUCUUCCUCCCCCCCUCCUCCCCCCCUCCCUCACUCCAACACAUGGACCUCCAUCCUAUCACACGGAGCCUUCUCCCCACACACACCUCCACCCUCCCCAGCCGACCUCAUCAGCACAGCUGCCCAGCUGGCCAAUCAGAGGCUGGUGUGUGUCCUGGAGGCGUGUCACCUGGGCGGAGCCACAACCGAACUCAUCCUGAGCCGAGGGUUUCCCCUGACGGACUGACACACACACACACACACACACACACACAGACUGACACACACACACACACACACACAGACACACACACACACACACACACACAGACACACACACACACACACACACACACACACACACACACACACACACACAGACUGACACACACACACACACACACACAGACA